AUGCCUUGUUUGAAAGACCUCGAAGAAAUUGAGACGGGCUCAUUUGCGAAAAGAGCACUGGCUUGCACCCCGCUUGUGGCAUGCUACGCCUAUGCCAAUGUCUCGAUGGAUUCUGUGCUCGCAGGACUCCGUCCUUUAAUGGGAUCGCUCCUUCAGUCCGGCAGCUGGACUGCGAGCAGUGGAGAUGUUCUGAGGCUGGCCGAGCCUCUUUACAACGUCCCGUUGUUGGAUAAGACUUUUGGACCACUAGUGAAUUGUUUCCUACCAUCUAUCAGUGGCUCCGAUGUUUUGUCACACGCGCAGAUGCUGUCUUUUAUGGCGAACCUGGGUCCGAUAUACGGUAUUUGGCUUCUAGAAAGCGGCCGAAGAGCCCACUCUUGGGUGGAGAUAUUUUUUCCGAUCACCAUGGGAGCAGCAUUCCAACUGAGAGGGAUUGGGAAGAUUGCUCCAAUUUACUACAUAAUCGAGCACCUACGAACACCCUUGAGCAAGCUUGUUCACUGUCGCCAUGAGGUCAGAUCAGAUAUGCUAACGACCUUCCUGUCUACUAUGCUCACGGCAUACUACAUCCCGACACUCGGGAAUUUUCUUCCUCGGGAAUUACAGAACCGCCGGUACUUCAAUGCUAUCUGGCAGCUAUUCCCGGCGGUAGUUCCACUUCUCCAAGCUCCGUUCCGUCUUUUGGACAAGAUGGCCUCCGAUUCAGUCGAGGGGUUAUCCAAAGAACAAGAAGCCAUCGAGGCCCGGCGUAACUCGAGAAAGACCCUGCGGUAUAUUCGUGGCAUUUAUCUGUCCUUUGCGGUCAUCUCAGGACUAAGUUAUACGUAUGCUCGCCGUUCCAUUCCAGCAGACUCAUCCAUGACCAGUGUCCUUCUGCCUGGCCUGUGGGAUUAUACAUUGCCUGUCGGCAGCUUUGCAGAGGGCAUUGCACGGUUCUUGAAAUAUGACGAGAGCCUCGCCAUGGCAAGUGGAUUCGUCUGGCUGGGGUUGAAGUAUCGGGAGCUGAAACGGCACGGAUACCCGUUGUCGUGGUGGAAGGUGAUUCUGGGGAUGGCGGCCACGACGGCGGCGUUUGGGCCGGGGGCUGCGAUGUCGCUGGGCUGGGGACUGCGGGAGGAGAUGCUGGCGAAGAUGGCUGCAUAG